AAAAGACUUCCCUUGCCAAAACCCCAUUGUUUCAGUCAGAACACAACGGCUAAAUUUUAGUGAGAGAGAGAGAGAGAGUGGGGAGUUGAGGUGAAAGUGCACUCUUGUCCGCAUUACAUGCAACCAUGGUAGCCGGGAAAGUUAAAGUAGCCAUGGGGUUACAGAAAUCGCCGGCGAAUCCCAAACCCCUGAGUUCAGAUUCGUCUCCGAAGCCGCAUUCUCCUUCUCCGUGCUCCGGCAAGAAACCACAGAAGGGCGCACUCUUCUCGCGCUCCUUCGGCGUCUACUUCCCACGUGCCUCCGCCCAGGUCCAGCCCCGCCCGCCGGACGUCUCCGAGCUACUCCGUCUAGUCGAAGUGUUGCGCGAGAGAGAGUCCCGGUUAAAGACCGAGCUUCUCGAGCAAAAGCUCCUCAAAGAAUCAGCUGCGAUUGUCCCUGUUCUCGAAAACGAGAUUUCAGAGAGAGAUUCGGAACUGCAACGGUCCCGCCGUAAAGUCGAGUGCUUGGAGACGGAGAACGACAGGCUUAGGAUGGAAGUCGAGGUCUUACACUUGGAGCUUUUCAAGCAAAGGGGCCGCUCUGAAGAGAAGUUGAAACUCUUGGAAGCAGAGAUUUUGGAGCUGAAGAGGGUGAAUGAAGAGCUGGCAUCAGCUCAUAGAUUCGUGGAUACGGGAAAUAGCAGUCAGAAAUUGUCACUGACUAGGUGUUUGAGAAAAUGCGCGACUCAGCCCAGCUUCUCAUUAACGAUUGACAACGGCAAGGCUGAUUGUGAGAGGAGUAGGAAAGAGGAAGUGUCAAUGGAAACCAGUGAAAGGCCAAGGCAUUCUCGGUCUAACUCCGAGGAAAUGGCUGAAACCUCAGAGAGUUUGAUGAGCUUAAGAUCCCGAGUUCCGCGGGUUCCGAAGCCUCCUCCUAGACCCUCUUCCUCGUCUGGAUCUUCAUCAGAUUCUUCAAAUCGCGUAGUCCCGGAGGUUACCCACAUUCCGCCGCCUCCCCCACCUCCGCCCACGGCGCAGGCAAAAGCCAUUGCCACCCCAGCACCUCCUCGUCCACCCACACCACCAGCUCCACCGUCCUCUAAGGCGGCGCCACCACCGCCCCCUCCACCUCCAAAGGGCUUAAUAAAACCCAUCCCAGCUAAAGUGAUUCGGGUGCCGGAGGUGGUUGAAUUUUAUCAUUCUCUCAUGAGGAGGGACUCCCGGCGGGAGUCUGGAGGUUCCUGUGAUGCUUCUGCCCCGGGGAUGGCAAUGGCCAAAGAUAUGAUCGGGGAAAUUGAAAACCGCUCUUUACAUUUACUGGCUAUAAAGACAGAUGUAGAAAUACAAGGAGAUUUUAUAAGAUUCUUGAUCAAAGAGGUAGAGAGUGCUGCAUUUACAGAUAUUGAGGAUGUUGUGCUGUUCGUCAAAUGGCUUGAUGAUGAGCUGUCUUACCUGGUGGAUGAAAGGGCAGUGUUGAAACACUUUGACUGGCCAGAGAAAAAGGCGGAUGCUUUAAGGGAGGCAGCGUUUGGGUAUAGUGAUAUAAAGAAGCUUGUCACAGAGGCAUCUUUGUUCCGUGAUGAUGAUCAUAGGCAGCCUUGUGGUCCAGCUCUUAAGAAAAUGCAGACCUUGUUUGAGAAAUUAGAGCAUGGUGUUUAUACUUUGUCAAGAAUGAGGGAAUCCGCCAGCAAUAGAUACAGAUUGUUCCAAAUCCCUAUGGAGUGGAUGUUGGACACUGGUUAUGCUAAUCAGAUGAAGCUGGCAUCUGUUAAAUUGGCAAUGAAGUACAUGAAAAGGGUAUCUGCAGAGCUUGAAAUGGUUGGUGGUUGUCCUGAUGAAGAAGAGCUAAUUGUUCAAGGUGUCAAGUUUGCCUUUCGAGUACACCAGUUUGCGGGUGGAUUUGAUGUGGAAACGAUGAGGGCAUUUCAAGAACUGAGAGAGAAAGCAGCCUCGAGAUCCUGGCACCACCUCCCCCAACAGUGCCAGAAUCAGCAGCACAAGACUUCUCAGUCAUCCAGGCCUUCAACAGCUUGCUAAUCUCUAGCAAUCUUGGGCGGUUUCUUUUUUGAUGUAUACUACCGGCUACUAAUUCUUGUAAAGAUUCCUCAUUUAUUUAUAACUUAUAUACUUACACUUCACUAAUUAUUAUUAAUGCACAAGCCCUGGAAGAAUGGAUCAAUCAAGC